CUGUAUCUACCAAAACGUGUGCCAGUUUCCCACUCACUUACAGCCUCCUUUCUCUGCUCUCCCCCACCAGCCCCAUCGGCGCCGCUCUCAGUUUCCGUGACCGACGUCCGCGCCGAUUCUGCCCUCUUGACCUGGCAGUUUCCAGCCGACUGCAACGGCUUCAUCGACGCUUUCCACGUGACGCUGACGCGGUUCAACGACACCUCCUCCAGCCAGAUCUCCUCCUCCAUCACCAUCACUCAGUUCAACCUGACAACUCCGGCCUACCGGCUCGACAACCUGGUCCCCUCCACCCAGCAUUCCCUGUCCUUGUCGGCCAGCACGCGGCCCAACGCGGCCGGAUUCGCCGGUGCCAAGGGCCCGGACAGCCAGCCCGCCCUUGUCUUUGUCACCCUUCCGAAAGCAAUUGGUACGUGCAUUAAUCUAGUUGACUUGCCGGAACUUGGCCGGAAUGGACUCGUGGAAUGUCGUCACCGAAAACUGGAAGCAGCAAUGACUGGUCGGAUUGUGCCAAUUGGUCGUCUGCUCAUC